ACAACAACAAGCAUUCAAUAUAUUGAGCAUUGAAUUUCUGUCCUGAAAAGUUUCUACUUUCGAUGUCCGAUUUUUAUUCAAAUGAAUAACUAGAUAAAAGCAGUGCUCGAGAAAGCUAACAUGUCGGUACAGAAGCGCCAGAGCUUCGAAGAACGAACAGAAUUGGACGAUCGUUUGACGAGCAAACAUAUUCGAACGCUUCUUCACCUUCAGGAUGUGCAUGGGGAAGCUGAACGACUGAAAAAUCGUGUGGCUUAUCUGGAGAUCUGUGAGAUCAAGGCUGAAAAAUGCGACUUACUAGAGAAAGAACUAGAGUAUCUUAAGGGUGAACUACUUAAGUGCAAAAAUACCCAUGCUACAGCCRAAGAAUUCAAAACAAGACUUGAACAAAUGCAGAAAGACAGUCUGGCAAGGAUUGACAGGAGCAAUAGGGAAUUAACUUAUAAACAUGAGCAAGAGAUGAUGCGCUUAGUUUCUGAGAAACUUGAAGAAGCAAACAACUGGGCCAUGGAAAAAGAAAAGCUUGUUGAAAAGAUAAAGGAAUUAGAAAAAGAAAAUGGAGGUUUGAACAUGAAGCUAGAAGACCUAGAAACAAGAAUGCAACACACAGAGGUGUUCAAUUCUAAGUUAGAAGACACUCACUGCACUCUAGAAUCCAUCAAGAAAGAAAAUUCCGAUCUCCAAGAGGCAAAAGUAACUUUACAAAAAGGGAUUCGUGAACUGACUUGUGAGAACGACUCUCUCCGAAAGUCUUUAGACGCAUUAAAAACGAAGGUCAAAGUGCUUGAAGUACAGUUGAGACAAGAACAAGAAACGCGGGAAAAACCCAUUGAACCUAAACCCGAACAGCCACCACCGCACUUAACACUCGAACUCAAGCAACUUAAAGACCAUAUUUCCGAACUAGAAAAAACUAUUGUUGGAUUGAAAGAAGAGAACGCAGAGAAAGAUCAAGUAAUAGACUCGCUGGAGUUCAGUCUUCAAGACUCUUCACAAGCUCUAAAGAGUCUUUAUAAGGAGAGAGAUUUGUUGAAAARUAGAAUAGCUGUUCUUCUGGGUGAAAUAGAAGCACUAAGGUUCCAAACACCUGAAAGAAAGCAGACUUUCUCAGAGUUCAUUCAGCUUAAAAGGGACUUUAGUUCGCUACGUGAUGAACAUGAAAAGUUGCUGAAGAAAAGAGGCUCAAAGCCGAACAUUUUGCCUUGCUUGACUGCAGAUUCCAAAACUGUUGCAAGAACAUUUAGUGGUAAUAGUUGGAAGAGUAAAGCAAGUAAUAAUUCGUAGUUUUGUAGGGGGAAAAAAAAAAGAUUUUUACGAAGGAAAGUAUUCAAGAAAGUUUUGAGCGAAUUUCAAUUCCCUGCCCUUGGAAAAGUGGCGUGGCAAGUGGCUUAGAACUUGAAAGAUUGUCAAUCCUAUUCAACAGACAAGAAUGAUUUUUGCAAUAGCAAAUUGGUGUAGUAGACCGUUUGCAGCCUUAAAAGGCCCUGCCUAAACGAGGAAACAGUGGAAUUGAGUUAUGGUAUAUCAUAGUUAUAGCUGCGAAAAAAAACCCAUCAAUUUAGUCGGUCGCAGAACGUUUUCUUGAUAUACAGACAAACGUGCAGACAAAAUUUGGGAACUCCAUAUCGUGAACUUUCGCUGAUUGCAUUCGCGGCCAUAGUACAUUUUUGGCUUGGUAUGCAAGAUGCAAUAGCUGUAUACGGGAUUUUCCCCUGUGACUUGGUUUGAAUCAAAAGUCUAAGAAAACCAUUUUCUGGCUCAGUUUAGAGGUUUUUUCCUUCAAUGAUUCUCAAUAGCACUAGAACUGUAAUGUCAUGGAAACUUUCAGUCAAGAAUUAGUUUUAGGGGAUUGUCUCCCGGUUCAACAGCCUAUCCCAAUCUGGAGGCAUUAAUACUAACUUACUAAUAAAUCACUCAUGAUUGUAAGCAGCACGGCUGCUAAUAGCGCCUUAAUAUGCAGCCCGUAAAGUCCUCCACUGCAAUGUAAAGCGCAUUGAAACAAUGUGAAAAUGCGCUAUAUAAGAACCCCAUUAUUACUAUUAUUAUUUAUAAGUUCUGUCAAGAGUAUUUUUAAAUGUAGUUUUAUGAUAAAAAAUGUAUCAGCAAUAAACACGGAUUCAUAUCAAAA